CUCGGCUCCAUGGCGGGCGACGAAACCUCGACGCAGAGCUUCGGUUUCGGUGGCAUCUCCGACGAGGAUCUCCUGCACGAGGCUGCCGCCUGCGCCCCUAAUGGGACGAGCAGGUUCCAGCAGCAGCUCGGCGCCGUGCCCCCAGCGCAGCUGCAGCUACACGAUGAUGCUGAGUUCAGCAGCGGCAAGCUGCUGUCGUUCUCUCCUGGACAGCACGUUCGCCCCGGCAUCGACACUCUGCACCAGAUGAACCAAAAUGAGUUCAGCGGCGGCCUGCGCCAUCUGGAUCUCUCCUCGCUGGUUCACGGCCCACAGCUUGCACCGUUCAAUCCCAAACUGGUUUCUGAAGACGGCGGCGGCAAGAUUAACGGUAAUGGGGUCGCUGGGAGCGGUGGUGGAGCUGCUCCAAAGCCUCGCGCCAGGGCUCGCCGGGGCCAGGCCACGGAUCCGCACAGCAUCGCCGAGAGGCUCCGGAGGGAGAAGAUAUCUGAUAGGAUGAAGAAUUUGCAGGAGCUGGUUCCAAACUCGAACAAGACGGACAAGGCGUCUAUGCUUGAGGAGAUCAUCGAGUACAUAAAGUUUCUUCAGCUACAGACCAAGGUUCUGAGCAUGAGCAGGCUGGGCGCGACCGAAGCCGUCGUUCCGCUUCUGAUGGAGUCGCAGGAUGAGACCUCUGGGCUUCUCCUGGGAUCCCCAAGAUCAAGAUCCCAACCGGACGAAGACAACGCUGCGUUCGAGCAGGAGGUCGCGCAGCUGAUGGAGAACAACAUGACGAUGGCGAUGCAGUACCUGCAGAGCAAGGGCCUCUGCCUCAUGCCCAUCGGCCUGGCGUCGGCGCUGUCCACCCAGAAGGGGACUGCUUCUGCGGCCAUCCGGCCGCAGACCACCCUCCAUGCUCCAGGCGUCCCUACGGAGAUGAAGUUCAAGACGAUGUGAUGCAGGCUCCGCCGCCGGUGAUUAGAUCCAUAUUCCCCUAACAAUUUGCUUCUGCUGUCGCUUGCCAUCCAUGUUGGUCAAUCCAUUUCCUCCCUAAUCAUGUAGUUCUACACUUUGCCUCAAGAAAUCAGAGUCCAACGGCCAGUCCUUCCGUUUUGCCAAAAUGAAAAUUUUAA